AUGCACAGACCGUCCCCUCUUCCUUUGCCAAUGGCCCAAAUUAUUGCCUCUGACGCUCCUCUCCUCUCGCCAACCGGCGACUCUUCGUACCAACAAUCCCUUUCCAAUGACUCUUUCACCUACAACUAUUACCUACCUCCAUCACCUCCAAAUUCUGUGGGCUCUCUCGUCGCAGAUUCUCCAAUUCCAGCAGAAAGAGUUCUCAAGAUGAGAGUAGCCGUCCCUGACCGCCACGACGGUCAGGAAAUGUGUAUCUCUACUCAUAAACUCUUCGAAUCUCAUGGGGUUCACCAACCUCAUAGUCCAUCUUCUCCUUCAUUCGAAAGCACUGCCUCGAGACCAUCAAUAGAUGAACAACCGGUUGUUACCUCCCCAAUAGCGUCUACUGCGACGCUAAAACGUUCUGCGAGUCCGACUCCUUCCGCCUCUCGGAAGCGCUCCGUCGGCGAACGUAUAAGCACCAAGGACUUUAUUCCACCAGACGUAUCUGGCCUCUCAAAACGCGAAGCACGGUUGGUGAAGAACCGUGCUGCCGCAUUCCUUAGUCGGCAAAGAAAAAGAGAAGAGUUCGAGACCAUGGAGAUACGUGUAGCUGAAUUGGAGCAAGAAAAUGCUAGGUUGUUAGCUAUUAGCCAAAUGACCGAAUCUUUUACGCAUCCGAAAUCUCAGUCAGAAAGCGAGCUCGCUUCGGAAGUAGAUAUGCUUCGGGCCCAGUUGGCUGAUGCACGACAGCGAGAGCUUGAACUCAGUCAGGAAUUGGCCACAAGAUCUACCCCUAGGGAUCCUCCAGUGAAGAUAGAAGCUGCUGAACCAAGUUUCCCACUAUCAUCCCCUCGCUCGCAAUCGCCGCACAAAUCAGCAGCUAGCCUCGGACUUAUGGUGCUAUUAUGUGCUCUACCCACCCUCCUCUCUAUGCCCACUCAGAGCUCUUUCCCGACGUCUUUCUCGCUACCUUCCGCCUUUCCGGCAUCACCAUCAUCUUCUGACUUUAAUUCCAUCUUUCCACCAAACUUUGACUGGUCACGGAACUCCAUCAUGGACUUGGAAACGGAUGAGCAUGGUAGAAUAAUGCCCGCUCCUCAGAAACUCGAGUUCUCAAAUCCGGAACUUUCGAAGUCCCUUGGCGCUCUCGGUGGUUUGGAUAUCUCCUUUGAUGCUGUUCCUCAAGAGAACGGCAAGAUUCGUGUCCGCAUCCACCCGUCUUCUUCGGCGUCAUCGCGCGCAGGAUCUCCGGGGCUAUCUAACCCUGUUUCGAACUCAAAUGGUCACGGUGCGCUCGGGCUAGAUUUAUGGGGGCUUCCAGAUUCAGAUAAUCCGACAUUACAAGCAGCAUUCUCCUCUGACCCUUCGUAUUAUGGCGGUGCUUCAUCAAGUUUCACGACGUAUUCGUCUUCCAGCUCAAAUGGUGACCCUUUUUUGGGAGUUGGUGGCCCAUCACACAAUGAUUUCGGAGGUCUAUCUCCGUUCUCUUCGACUUCAUCGUUUGGUUCUGGAGACAUGGACUAUGAUUUCGGCCGUGCUUCCGAUUACUCUCCAUCUCUGACAGGAAGCGAUAGCUUGUCGGGCAACAAGCGUCGUGUGAGGAUUGCUCUCAAGAGUAUGCCUGCCACCGGUGGUGAGGGAGGCGAAUGGGAGGUUCAAUUUUGCUAA